GAAAGUGUAGCAGCGCUCAAACAAGUCCUUCGAAGUGGCAUACUCUGAAGACAUCGACCAUGGCCUCCAGCUCGACGCAGCCCGGCGCAACAUUAAACGAAUUGAUUCUGACACCAAUCAUGACCUUGAAAGGUCAUGAACCUUUCAAUCACUGCUACGUUUCAUCCAUGUGCUACUUUCCAGAUGGCAAGCAAAUGAUCAGCGGAUUAGGGGAUAAGACCGCUCGACGAUGGAACCUGCGUGCUGGUAAGGAGAUUGAGGAGGCGCGAGAAGUUUGUGAGCAGAGAGUAAUUGCGGUGGAGGUAUCAAGGGAUGGUCAAUGGAUUGUGAUUGCUGGUGGAGAUCUCAACUGCGGGGAGCUCAAAGUCUGUGAGGUCAAGACCGGGAUCGUUAAAACAUUUGAAGACCCUUCGAGAGGGGAGAUCGACUGCAUUGAUAUCUCUGCAGACAACACCCUAUUGGCGUGCAGGUCGAACGAUGACACAUUGCGGAUAUGGAGCUUGGACACUGGCAAACUCUCAGCUGGCCCAUUCAGGAAUUAUAACGGGCUCGGGAUGGGCACGGUUCGAUUCUCGCGAGACUCGAAGAAGCUUGCAUUCAAGUCAAUUGUGGCAGACUGGCUUGACGUGUGGGAUAUUGAAAUACAGAAAGUGGAUGUUAGAGUGGGGAAAAAACCUAAUAAGUGCGGGGUCAUGUCCCAUGUGCCGAUGUUCUGGACAACCAAAGACAAAACAAUUGUGGCCGUAUUGGACCUCAAUAAAAAUGAGGACUGGACCACGGAUCACAAGACCAUCUAUGAGUUGGACGCAUUAACGCUAAAGACUGUCGGAGCUCCCUUUGAAGGGCACACCAUCAAAAUCAAUGGUUUAGCACUUUCAUUCGAUUGUGCUCUCCUCGCUAGUGCUUCCUGCCUCGACAUCAAGCUAUGGGCCUUCGAGUCCCGCCAGCUCCUCGCCUCAUUCGACGUUCGAUCUGUCAACUACCUCAUCCUCUCACCCGAUUCACACCAGCUGGCUUACUCAACCCUUGGCUCGAACAUUCACAUAUGCGACAUUCCACCCAAGAUCAUUGCCACUAUCUGGCCCAACACCAACGAACCUAAAAAUUCCAAUAUCCUUAAUGUAUGUGAUCCCUACAUUCAUCUACGCAUCCAUUAAUGUCAUUUUUGCAGUCUAACGCAACACGUCGUGUUGUGCCUCGUAAACCACAUGUCACAUCUUUUACUCCUAGGCCGCAAGGUCCUUCCCCUACCACACAACGACACGAUUUCUUUCACUAUCUCCGCACAGUCCUUCCUUCUCGCACGAACACACGCCGCAAUGGUCAGCACCGUGAUCCCCUGGAUUUCCCUGCUAC